AUGGAACCCAUAACUCAAGAGCCCACCAGGAUCAAACCUACCGUAAAUGCAAGCGAUAGGAUUGUUAUCUCUGGCGUUGCAGGCUUAUAUCCUGAAUCACGAAAUAUUAAAGAAUUUUCAGAAAUUCUGUAUAAUAAGGUUGAAAAUAUUGAAAUGGUCAGUUUUUUUUAUUAUUCAUAUGUAUAUCUACUAUACAGUGUUAAUCCGGAUUUAAUAUCUGGGAAGAAAAUUGGUGUUUACGUUGGUGUCUGUCAUUCUGAAUCUGAAAAGUCUAAUAUCUAUUGUCCUAGAGUUAAGACCGGUCUUGGUAUAACAGGGGUUUUAAGCACAUGUCCCGAUGGCAAAACAAAAUCCUUUGAUACAAAUGCUGAUGGAUGCGCAAAAUCUGAAGCUAUCAAUGUAGUUUUCCUUCAAAAAGCAAAAGAUGCUUUGAGAAUUUAUGCAGAGAUUGUUAAAGUUAAAUGUGAGUUUACCGAUUUAUGUUUAGAUGAAACGGGGCCUAUAUAUGGUUUCUACCGUAGUCCCGAAAAAAUGUCUAAUUUUAUAAAAAGAUUUUAUGAUGAAGUAAAUGUUUCCCCUAAAGCGGUGGAAUAUGUUGAAGCUGUUGGUUCAGCUAUUUCUGAAGCCGAUAAAUCCGAAUUAGAAGCUAUAAGCGAAAUUUUUUGCAAGGAUAGAAUCAACCCACUCUUGGUGGGAAGUGUGAUGUCUAACAUUGGAUAUACUGCAGCAGCUUCGGGGUUGUCAGCUCUUACUAAGGUUAUCCUGGGCUAUGAAACCGGUAAAAUUGCCGCCAAUCUUCAUUGUGAUUCACCUCGACAAGACGUACCGGCUUUACGGGAAGGGAAAAUUCGCCUUGUUACUGAUCAUACAGAUUUUGGCCGGUCCUAUACAGCUAUUAACGGGCUUUCAAUUACUGGUGUCAAUACACAUGUUCUCUUAAAUGGAUGCUAUAAGCCAAAGGUGAUGAAUGAAAAUAUUAAAGUUAUAUCUGGUUAUAUUACUGCUGAAAUAACCAAUAACAGAAUAUUAGAGGUAAAUUCUGAAUGUCAUGACAGUACCCAGCUUUGUUCCAACGAUAUAUAUCAAUUGCUUCAUACACAAGGCUACAAUUACACAGAUGAUUUCCGCAGUAUAUACAACUCUAAUUUUUCUUUAACUGAAGCUCAAAUAAUAUGGCAAAAUAAUUGGAUAACAUUUAUUGACGGCAUGCUUCAACUAAGCGCGCUUAGCUGUAAUCAUAAGAUGAUCUGUAUGCCAGAAGCUUUCAGCAAACUGACGAUCGAUGUAGAGAACCAUUUCAAUAAUAUAUCAAACGCUGAUGAACAAAACAUUUUGAUCGCCAAUAUAUUAAAAACACAAGACUGUAUAAAAUGCGGUGGUGUGAUUAUAGAACAUAUAAAAUAUGAAAAUUUGGCACCGUUGAAUAAAAACGUCGUUUCCUUAAAAACUAAAAAAUUUGUACCUCAUUUCCCAACAAACAAUUCAGACGAACUAACAGCAUCAUACAUAUUUUUACAAAUAGCCGCUGAGAAUUUAAAUAAACAAUUCAUUAACGUUGUUGAAAUCCUGAGAGACGAAACUGCUAAAUCUAACUUUGAGGCGAUCAGAGGUAUUUCUAACAACAUCUCUGGAAUUAGGACACAACACUCUUUUGUUUACAAAGACAAAAUUUUAGAAGAUGGUGAAAAGAUAAAUAGCGCUGACCUAUUAUUAACCACAAACUUAUCUUCUGAUAAAAACAUGGAUCAAAUGCUACAGCGCAUAUUAAAAUGCGAUAGUCUUUUGGUUAAUAAAGAACUGGACAUCGAAGGAAAAUUCAACAGAUGCCCUUCGAUGUUGUAUCGCAGUGUAAAUGCACAUAUUAUUAAUAAUUAUAACCGUAUAGAAUUAGCUAUAUGGAAACCUAAAGAUUCUAAUGGCUCUAGUGUAUACACGGUUCGUUCACCAUCAGAUUUAUCAUAUGUAUCAUCUUUGAUAUCGACUAUUCCUUUGAGUCAAAAAGUUUAUUUACUAGCCAGUUACCCACUUGUUAAAGGAUUGAAAUCCCUGAUUAAAGAAUGGAGAAAUGAAAGAAAAGUAUAUUUGACUAUAAUACAUCAAGAUGAAUGGGAUGAUAAACUUUUAAAUGAAAUACUGUUCAAAGAUUUAGUGACCAACAUUUACAAAAAUGGUGUGUGGGGAGGAGAAUAUAUUUUGCCAUUGGAAGAGACCUCCACGCCAAAACAUAAUAUUAUGUUGAAAUGCGCCCGCGCUGGUGAUUUCGACUCGAUAUAUUGGAUUGAGGCACCACAAAAAUAUGAUAGCGGUAUUAAUGUAAAUGUUCACUAUGCUGGCAUUAAUCUAGUGUAUUUAAAGGAAGAAGCUGGAAUCAUUAAUUCGUACAACACCGAUGGACAACGAGCCUUUAAAGUCGACUUCAGCGGCAUAACUGAAGCGGGAAAUCGUGUAAUGGGUAUAGUUCCUGAUCAAGUAAUAAGCACACAAGUUAAAGCGCAACCGGAAUUAUUGUGGCCAGUUCCAGAUCACUGGAGUCUUGAAGACGCUGCCACUGUACCUUUGGCUUACUGUAUCGCUUUCUACUGCUUGAUGAUCAAAACUCAGCUUAUUCCUGGACGACGUGUACUUAUCCAUGGCGGUGCCGGCGCUUUAGGUCAGGCUUUAAUAUCUAUUGCCUUAGCUUUCCAUUGCAAGGUCUUUGCUACAGUUAGCGAUAUACGCAAGAAACAGUUCCUGCAAAAACUAUUUCCUCAACUGCAAGAUGAUCAUAUCGGAAACUCCUGCGACCACAGCUUCGGAGACAUGGUUCUCGGGGCUACCGAAGGUGAGGGUUGUGACAUUAUCGUAAGCUGCGUCCAGGGAGAACUUAAAAAUACUACGUUAAAAUGCUGUGCCACGUCGGGUAUAACUCUCGAUACAACACAAUUACUGAGCUGUGAAGAUUUUAACUUUGGAAUGUAUAAUCUGACGAAAUGUCGUUCUUAUGCAAGGAUCAACUUCUCUACAAUCUUUACAAAUCCAGAACAACUAUUGGAAUUACAAGCAUUGGUCUGUGAGGGUAUAGCACGUGGCUACGUUAGACCACUAUCACGCCUAACGUUCGUGCCACAAGAGGCUCCGAGAGCUUUCCGAAUUCUAUUUGCCAGACGCCACCGCGGUCGAGUGUUACUUGAUGUACGGCAUCAUGGCGUAAACGCUCCAGUUCCAAGAUUAAGAUGUGCUUCUGAUAUGUGUCAAGUGAUCCUGUCUAAAAAUGAAGAGUUGGGCAUUCAGUUAGCGGAGAGGCUUGCAAACCGCGGUGCACGAAACAUAAACCUAUACUGUGAAAAAAUAUCUAAUAUACUGCUAUUUAAGCAAAGAUCUUGGCAAGAAGAUGGAGUAAAUAUCAAGGUAUCACAAGAAAAGCUAAAUCAAGCCAAUUUAGUUGAUUUGAUCAAGGGUAAUAUUAAUAGAGAUAUAGAAGGAUUAUAUUUGUAUGACAUAAUUUCUCAAAAGGAAGAAAUCGAUAAGUCAGAAGAAAUAAUUUUAAAAGUAAAAAAAAUGAUUCCAAAGCUAAAAUACUUUGCAAUAAUUAAUUCCAACUUCAACAUCAAUGAGCAGAUCGAUGUGGGUAGAAAUCGAGAACCAUUACUUGUCUGGGUUAAUUUGCCGUUACUGGACAAGCUGGAUGAAUGGGAAAAAAGUUAUUCUUCAGAAGAAUCAAUAUCAUCUUUAACUGCUGUUGAUGUUGUAGAAAAAGCGCUGUGUUCUAAACAGUCAGUUGUAAUCGCUUCAAAAGUAACACUACCACAUGUUCUUUUAAUGCAAGCAAUUUCCAAAAUGGCAGGUAUUAAUAUAGAAGAUAAGACUCCCGAGAAGAAUACAUUAAAAGAUUUGGGCAUAGAUUUAGCUAAUUUCGAGGCAAUACGAGCAUAUUUGCUUUAUGAGCACGACAUAUCUUUGACUAAUCAAGAUAUGUCUUCACUUACUCUAAAAACAAAGACAAUUAUUCUUUAUACUGGAUACGCACAAGCUGAACGACAACGAGCGGUGGCGGGAUGGACAUGUGCGGGCGGCGUUCGAGGUGCGGGGCGAGUAAAACAAAACUAUGCGGGAAGCGUAAUACAUAUUGAAACUGAUUUAACAUUUAUGCAACUAUGCUUUGUUUGCAGGCUUAAAAACUUGGAACGAAACAUUAUGAAAAUCAACUACACCGAAGUCGAUGGACUGAAAUCAUUAUUUUUAAAUGUAGACUCUGAUGAGAUUCAAGCUAGCAGUGACAUUGUAUUUCUACCAACAUUAACUAAUACUAUUUUGUCUGAUUGUGAUUUCGAUAAAAGUCAAGCGUAUAUGUGCAUAGUGCCGGGUGUUGAAGGCCACUAUGAGCGGUUCCGUGUAUUGUGUGAGCGACUCAAACUCCACGCGCUCGUACUGCAGCCUGGUCUGAAUAAUCCUCGAGAAAGUAUGGAUGACUUAGCUAAUAGAUAUGUUCAGGUUCUUCUUAAGAAAACAGGUCUUCGUGACAAAUUCGUCCUAUUAGGCUAUGAAAGCGGUGUUUUAAUAGCAAUAAAAAUGGCAGAAAUUCUGGAAGCGCACGGUAUACUUGGAACCAUUUUUUGUAUCGGCGGAUCCCCAGAUGAUAUCAAGGCACAUUUUCAGCAUAAACUAAGCAUUUAUAAAACUGAAGUAGAUCUCCAAAACGCAAUUUUACAGCACACAACAAGUCUUAUGAUGAAAAAAGCUGAUGAAAGAAUUAAUAAAAAUCUAGAAACUGCUGCGACAUGGGACGAAAAAGUAUUAGCUUGUGCGCGCAUAAUGAAAGAAACUAUUCAACACUCCAGUCAAUAUGCGAAACAAAUCAUAGAAUCUGCGUACGCAAAAGUGUACCAAGUACUUCAGUACGAGCCAGUGCCGGUCGUGCUUCGUUCAAAUAUAGUUUGCCUUCGUCCUACGACAUGUAGAGCAACAACUUUACAGAAGUUUUCUGAACAACCAGUCGUCGAGUACAAUCUAAACACACCGCUCGAGUACAUGACGCAAGAUUUACGCUGCUCCGCUAUCAUCAACAGACACAUCGGCGAUGAUAUUCUACAACAAUUUAAUAAGAGGAACUUGUGCGAAAUGUAUGAAAGC